AUGGGUUCCAUCGCCAGACCCCGGAUCCUCUUCUUCAACCCAGUCCGCCAUGCUCUGGAAAAUUUCAAGAAAUUGUCCUCUGUCGCACAAACAGAAGUGAUCGCCAGUACAAGCCGGACAGACUUCUUCGAGGAAUGUAAAGGCAAAUACAAAAAUAUCGUUGCCAUCUACAGCACUUCAUCAAGUUAUGCCGUGACCGGCAAGUUUGACAAGGAGCUCAUUCAAAGUCUUCCACCAUCUCUGAAACUCAUUUGCCACAACGGUGCCGGCUAUGACCAAAUCGACAUCAGUGCUUGCACUGAACGUGGUAUCAAAGUCACCAAUGCUCCAGGCCCAGUGACAGAUGCAACAGCCGAUCUGGCAGUCUUCCUGCUCCUCGGUGCUCUCCGCAAUCUCAAUCCUGCAAUCGAGUCUCUCCGUGCAGGCAACUGGAAGAAAGGUCUUGACUUCGGGCACGAUCCUCAGGGCAAGACGCUCGGUAUCAUUGGUAUGGGUAGAAUUGGUCAAGCAGUCAAGCGCAGAUGCGACCCUUUCGGUCUCAAGACCAUCUACCACAAUCGCAGUCCGCUUUCUGAGUCAGAGGCAGCGGGAGCAAAGUAUGUGUCUUUCGACGAGCUGCUUGCAACGAGUGACAUCAUCUCUGUUCAUGUACCUCUAAAUGCUCACACGAGACAUUUGGUUGGAGCCAAGGAGAUUGCGAAGAUGAAAGACGGUGUCGUGAUUGUGAAUACGGCACGUGGUGCUGUCAUUGAUGAAGCUGCGAUGGCUGAGGCGCUGGACUCGGGCAAGAUUGCUUCAUUAGGUUUGGAUGUGUUCGAGGAGGAGCCAGUGAUCAACGAGAAGUUGAUGAAGAACCCUCGCGCGAUCUUGAUCCCUCAUUUGGGAACUCACACGACUGAGACAUUGGCCAAGAUGGAGUCUUUGGCUAUGGAGAACGCGAGACGAGGAUGCUUUGGCGAGCCGUUAUUGACGGUGGUCACGGAACAACUCGAGACUUAG